CAGGGGAACAUCAACACCGCCGCUCCGGCCGGCGAGCAGGUUGCCGCUUGGAUCAAGAAUAUCGCCGCCAUCUUGAAAGCGGCCGGGUCGAGUUUGAACAAAAUCAACAAGACCACCGUCUUCAUCACAGACAUGAGAAACUUUGCAGAAGUCAAUGCCGUGUACGCGGAAGCUAUCACGCAUUGGCGGCGCGGAGCUGCGUCGCGGUCAAGGAAUUGCCGAAAAACGUCACCGUCGAGAUCGAAUGCGUUGCUCUGCAA